UUUCUCCUCACUCUUUUUCCUUCCAACAUACAAAUUAAACUACAAAGUUCCCUUCAUAAGUGCCUUUAAUUUUCUUCUCCAUUUUUCCUCUGUUUAAUUUGUAGCCUUCAUUCAAUAUGCAGACUACAACUGAAUCUCCGCCAAUUUCACCAACUCCUGAACUUGUCAACAAUUCAGAAUCCAACCAGCAGACUUCUACAGACUCUCCAAUAACUGCACCUGCUCGCGAUGUUGUCAAUAAUACAGGUACACUCGGAGAUUUAAUUUUAUGGAAGAGGAAGAGUAAUAGUGUUGUUGCACUAUUAGCAGCUACAACGAUAUGGCUGUCACUUGAUAUAUAUGGAUUGACCUUUAUAACGCUGGCGUCCUGGAUCGCCAUGUUCGCCAUUGCUUCCAUCUUUCUUUGGGGAAACAUAUAUAUGCUCUUGGGGAAAGAGCCCCUGGACAUGUCAAUGAUGUACAUAAACGACGAAUCAGUUGUGGAAGCAGGCACCAAAUUUCGUGAAUCGGUUGAGAAAAGCCUAAGGUUUCUGUUUAGCGUGAGUACUGAGAGAGAGUGGUUCGUCUUUGUGGGAACUGUAGCUUCGUUGGGUCUGCUUUCGGUUGUGGCCAGCCAUCUUGAUUUACCUACGCUUCUCUUCCUUGGGGUUAUGAUGGGGCUUACUGCACCAGUGGUAUAUGUGAAAUAUGAAGACGGGAUUAAGGACUUGGGGCAGCGAGUAAGGGUCCGAUCCCACACGUAUUAUAGCGCCGUGGCAGAGAAAUGUCACACAUAUUAUAGUGCCAUAGUGGAGAGGGUGAAGAACAUGAAGACCAAGCUGCAGAACAAGAAAAGGAAAAAAACUGAGUAGUCAAGUAAUUUUAGUUUGUUUUCACUUUUAUCAUUAGUAGUAAUAAAUUGAUUUGAAGAUUUCUACAAAUGCACCUAGAAAUUGGAUGGAGUCGUUUGUUUACUCUUGUACCUCGAUUUGCGCACAUGUAAAUUUGAUACUACACCAGUAUAAUCCUCAGCUCGAGUUGAAUGUACUAAAACACUUGUAAUAAUAGUAGCUGUAUAUAUUUAUUUGCAAGUAGUCUACAUUUGUAAUAAUAUUGGUUGUAUAUAUUAAUGAUACUCGAUUUGCACGGUCUGGUUCAUUUUUUCGAUAUUUAUGGCCGCUGGUCCACUCCUGCUCCUGUAUGUAUGUAUGCAGUGGUGAAUCUACCCUCAGCAAAAAAAUUAUGUUAUAUAUGCAUCUACCUCAGCAAAAAAAUUAUGUUAUAUAUGCAUUCGUGAAUAUCCUGGCAAGCCACUGUAUGUAUGUAUGUGUAUAUAUAUAGCUCAGGCAUGUGAUCGGUCAGAUAUGGGUAGCACCAACAGGUGCACUAAUGCAUUAACAGAGUGUUCAUACGUAAAUUAGUCCAAACGCGUCUAAAACAUGUACUCCCAUUAUUAAAUAACUUGCUACUGUUGACCAUUUUCUGUUUUCAGGCUUGUACUCCAGUGAGGGAAUGCUGAAACUUAUUGUCAAAUCAGCAGACACGCAGUGAUCUUUGGUAAUGGAUAGGGUGUAGGAAAGAACAAGAUAGUUGACCCAAGGACGAUUUUCCGUCAAACAGAAGUCGAUAGUUGAGGACAUUGAGUGACUCUGUUGAUCAGUUGUACAAAAAUGAUUCUAAUUCCUGUUCUUGUAUUUUCACACCUGUGCAUAUUGUUUUUUUAAUACAUAAAAGCAAAACUUUACUUCCGUUGUCAUACAGUUAAAAUUCGUUUGUGAACCGUGUCAUGUGACAGUAAUCUAGAAAUUAUACCCACAAUUGAUUUGAAGAGAAACUUCCUACUAGUUACUAGUUCUUGUCAUACGUGGACGAUUUUUUAUCGAGAUGUAGGUUUUGAAAAGUAUGCCGCGAGACUAAAUACUAUCAUGUGUAGCAGAUGUGGAAGUACCCGAAGAAGCUCACCUAGUUUAAUUUGAAAAUAUACUCGUGAUGUUUUGCUAGACGCAUGGUUUAAUUCAGGUGUGUAUGGAUAGUAAGAAGAUUCUCGUCAUAGCUAACGAACAUGGCAAGAAAUUGGAUGAGAUUCACUCGAUAUUGAAAGAGUUCGCUGAGGGGAAAUACUAUUGAAGCUAAAGAUGGAUCUUCUGGAGGAACUAAUGUGGCUCUUCAAGAACGGAAUGGGGUAAAGGUAUUAUAAUAUAUACUAUGAUUUAUCUUUCAUACAAUACAAUCUUGAUUAUUAUACUUUUGUUUGCA